AUGCCCGAGGGGGUCCUGAAACCAGCUAACAAGGAAAGAAAGCCAGCGAAUCAGUCAUGUAUCCCAAGCGCGUUGGCAGUACCAGCACAGCACAAUACCGAGCCUCACGCACAAUUCCACGCCCAUUACCAUGCGCCGAUCCACCAGCCGCACUAUUCGCAGCAUUAUGAGCAGCACUUCGCGCAACAUCAUGCCUUGACCUUUAAUAGUUCUGGACCUCGCGUGGCGCCUUACCCAAGGAUGCAUAACAAUCCUUUGCCCCGACAGCCGAUGGCUGUAGCGCAGCAAGGCGCUGAGAAACCCCUAGUUGGAUAUAAGCCAAGUGUCACACGCCUGUUUAAAAGAAGACCGAAUAUCUGGGUUCGUCAAGCGCGUCGCGACGUCGCCCUGGACACGUGGGGCGACUUUUCUGAGCCCAACCGACCGCAGGAAUAUUGGGCAUGGGAAGAGUAUGAUCCAUUCAACCCGUUUGUUUAG